AUGUGGUACGGCGAGAACUCAACAAUAAUGCACGGUGGCAGCGGCACACACACAGCCACACAAAAGAAACAAAAAAUCUUAAAAACACGGCGGCAGGGUGUGGCUGUGUGCGUGUGGCGCUGCGGGUGUCUGCCCGCCCUGGCCGCAAAAAAGAAAACAAAACAAGAGGGAAAGAAAUGUGUGCUCCGCCCCACAGGCCCUCGUCGCACGCCCACACGUCACGGCUCCCUCAGCGCGCCGUUCGUCGCGGCCCCUCCUCAUGCGUGCAGCAGGCGAGGCGCACAGGGCCGUCGUCAUGAGCGUGUCGGUGGGUGUGCGAGUGGAGCAGUUGGGCGGGAAACACACGGCACCCCUCACAGGAAGAGUGCAGAAGAAACAAUUAAAGAGGGAAGAGUAGAAAAGAAAAAACGUCCACAGUGA